AUGGCGUCGUCGGAGCCAACUGAGCCCCGCCGUGAGCGCAAACCCUCCGUCGGAGCUCCCAUUGCAGAUCUCCAGGGUCCCGUCGGUCCAGGUUUCAGUCGUCCUAAGCACAAGCGCACCUUCACCGGCUUCGGCCCGUCCGAGAUCAAGAGUGUCGAAGCGAGUAUUCCAGAGCCGCUGCGUGAGGCAUGGCGAAAGCAUUCUGCAGCCGAGUUCACUUCUAAAGAUGAGUUCGAGAGGGAAUUCGUGCGCCACAUCGAGACAACCCUCGCCCGCUCCCUGUACAAUUGCGACGAGCUCGCGGCUUACUCCGGUACCGCACUGGCUUUCCGAGACCGAUUGAUCAUCGAGUGGAAUCGGACUCAGCAGCGCCAGACAUUUACCGACCAGAAGCGAGUCUACUAUCUUUCGCUCGAAUUCUUGAUGGGCCGUGCUUUGGACAAUGCGAUGCUAAACGUCGGCAUGAAAGACGUCGCGCGAGAUGGUUUGGCCGAUCUUGGCUUCCGAAUUGAAGACGCCAUCAGCCAAGAGCAUGAUGCCGCACUUGGAAACGGUGGUCUUGGUCGUCUGGCGGCCUGCUUCUUGGAUAGCAUGGCAACGCUAAACUAUCCCGCCUGGGGAUACGGUCUGCGGUACCGCUACGGAAUCUUCAAGCAGGAGAUUGUCAAUGGAUACCAGAUGGAGAUUCCGGACUACUGGCUUGACAAUAAUCCCUGGGAAUUCCCUCGUCAUGAUAUCACGGUGGACAUUCAGUUCUAUGGCCAUGUGAGAAAGUACCAGGAUGAGGAUGGCAAGGUGUGCCAUUCUUGGGAAGCCGGAGAGACUGUCCAAGCCGUCGCAUACGAUGUUCCCAUUCCUGGAUACCGCACCAAGACUACCAAUAACCUCCGGUUGUGGUCUAGCAAGGCCAGCAGUGGCGAGUUUGACUUCCAGAAGUUCAAUGCGGGUGAUUAUGAGAGUGCAGUUGCCGACCAACAGACUGCCGAGACCAUCUCUGCAGUGCUGUAUCCGAAUGACAACUUGGAACGAGGCAAGGAGCUUCGUCUCAAGCAGCAGUACUUCUGGUGCGCUGCCUCUCUUUAUGAUAUUGUGCGACGAUUCAAGAAGACAAACAGGGCUUGGAGUGAGUUCCCUGACCAAGUCGCAAUUCAACUGAACGAUACCCAUCCUACGCUUGCCAUUGUCGAGUUGCAGCGUAUCUUGAUUGACGUCGAGGGCUUGGAGUGGGAUGAGGCAUGGCGUAUUGUGAUUGGAACUUUUGGCUACACCAAUCAUACUGUCCUCCCCGAGGCCUUGGAGAAGUGGUCUGUUCCUUUGAUGCAGAACCUACUUCCUCGCCAUUUGCAGAUCAUCUACGAUAUCAACCUCUUCUUCCUCCAGUCCGUGGAGAAGCGAUUCCCCAAUGACCGGGACAUGCUCUCGCGAGUUUCAAUCAUUGAAGAAUCGCACCCCAAGAUGGUGCGCAUGGCCCACAUUGCCAUCAUUGGAUCUCACAAGGUUAAUGGUGUUGCUGAGCUGCAUUCGGACCUCAUCAAGACGACCAUUUUCAAGGACUUUGUGGAGAUCUAUGGGCCCGAUCGCUUCACCAAUGUCACCAACGGAAUCACGCCUCGACGUUGGCUGCACCAGGCAAACCCGGCGCUCUCUGCUUUGAUUGCAGAGAAGCUUGGUGGAUAUGAGUUUUUGACCGACUUGACCCUGCUGGAUAAGCUCGAGGCUUUUGUGGAUGACAAGAAAUUCCGACAGGAAUGGGCACACAUCAAGGCCAAUAAUAAGCUGCGGCUAGCCAGGCUCAUUAAGGAUGUGACUGGCUAUUCUGUGAAUCCGAACUCGCUGUUCGAUGUUCAGGUGAAGCGUAUCCACGAGUACAAGCGCCAGCAACUGAAUAUCUUUGGAGUGAUUCACAGAUACCUUAGUCUGAAGGCCAUGACACCAGAAGAGCGGAAGAAGGUGGUACCGCGUGUGUCAAUUUUCGGUGGCAAGGCGGCUCCUGGCUACUGGAUGGCCAAGUCGAUUAUUUAUCUCAUCAACAGCGUUGCUGCCGUGGUGAACAAGGAUGAUGAAAUUGGUGAUCUCUUGAAGGUCAUCUUCAUCGAGGACUAUAAUGUCAGCAAGGCAGAAAUUAUUUGCCCAGCCUCUGAUAUCAGCGAGCAUAUCUCCACUGCUGGAACCGAGGCGAGUGGUACAAGCAACAUGAAAUUCGUGCUGAAUGGAGGUUUGAUUAUCGGUACUUGUGACGGAGCUAACAUUGAGAUUACUCGUGAAAUUGGCGAGCAAAACAUCUUCCUCUUUGGCAACCUUGCGGAAGAUGUGGAGGAUCUUCGGCACCGACACUUCUACGGUGGCUUCCAGCUGGACCCGCAGCUGAAGCGUGUAUUCGAAACCAUCAAGGAGGGCACCUUUGGUGAUCCCUCGUCGUUCAAUUCGCUGAUCUCUUCCAUUGAAGAGCAUGGCGAUUACUAUCUUGUCUCCGAUGACUUCAACUCUUACAUCGCUACUCAUGAGAUGGUAGACAAGGAGUUCCAGAAUCAGGAAGAAUGGCUUGCCAAGUCGAUCACCAGUGUCGCACGCAUGGGCUUCUUCUCUAUGGAUCGGGUGACUAACGAGUACGCCGAUAGUAUUUGGAAUGUCGAGCCUCUUGAUAUUGCGGAUGAGGCCUGA